AUGGUUAACGAGGGCUGUCUGAAUAAUGAGGAUUUUUUAGCCAAGGUUCCUGAGUUUUUCAACAAUGACGACGAGCUGGUAGUGCAUCUUACUACUAAAAGACUGGUAGUUCGAGACCCCGUUGACGGAAAUGCCGAGUUUGAUAGUGCCAAACAGCCACAAUUCGAUGUCUCAAAGAAAGCACAAAGCUUGAAGGUUGCUGAAAGCUCCAGUGAGAUGUACCCGGUCCUAAUAAGGAUGCGAUACGGCAAACGAAAAUGCUCUACCACCGUAACGGCUGAUGCAUUGGAUAAGUUCUGGCAGGACUAUUCCUCGGUGGUAAAGAGUUCCAUGAAAGGCCUGGUGAAGAAGAAGAAAAAAAAGACCAAGGGCUCUGGCGUGAAGAGUAAAAGACAAAGAAAAUAA